GGGCCAGGGCUCAGGGUGCCCCAACUUGUAAGCGAUGCGGUCUGGUGGGGAGGUGGCAUUCCACAGACGCCCCCAGGUCAUGGAAGGAGCGGACGGUUGUGGGUGGCCCGGGGGACCCCGGGCUUUCCGUCCGGAAGGGGAGCUCGUUAUCCCAGCCUGGGUCCCGCUUGACUGGCCUCUGGAGUUUGAGUGUGUGUGUUGGGGGACUUUCCCUAACUCUCCGGCCCCCGGCCCCGAGGUCAGAGAGUUGGGACCUGGGCCAGACUCAUCCCAGGCCUGGCAUGGCCCCAGGCUCCAGAACCCCCAACCCUCGACGGGGGUGGGGGGACGCAGGGGUCUGUGUGCCGUAGUGCUAGGUCAGGGAGUGCUGGAGAGAACCAGGGGUUCAUUUUUCCCACAGCCACAGACGCAUUUCUCAAAAUGGAGCCGCUUGCCCCUCCUUCUCUCUUGGGCCUCAAGAGCGGGAGCCAGGCUGGCUAGGCCUGGCUUUCCAGACUCCUGGCCCGCAGAGCCCAGCUUUACGUCCCUCUGGCUUUAGGCCCCUUGCCUGCGUGGCUUCCGCGACUCUUAACUCAUGAGCCUGCCUCUAGCUCCUCGUGUCUGAGCCUCUUGGCCUCUUUGUCUCUUGACGUCUGGUCUCUGUCUCUGAGUGACUACAGCGGCCCUUGCCCUUGCUUUUCUGGGUCUCCGUUUCCGUGUACCCUGGAGUGGGGAAGUAGGAACAGGAGUGCCAGCCCUUCCCACUCCUCUCUCCGUGCUGUGGAGCAGUCCCUAUCCCCGGGCUGGACCUCGUGGGGCCGUCUCGGCUCCUAGCCCUACAGAGAAGUGUGUGAUCUAUCGCUCCUGUAUCCAGUUCACCUCCUAGCCUAGUUGCCAGCAACUCCUCCCUCAGGCCGACUCCUGUGACUCUCCGUGUCUAAACACUUGGGGACACUUCAUGGAGAGCAGUGUAGAAGACCAGGUGGGCCUAGGGAGGGUCAGAUACUUUGAGCUCACCUUUCCUCGAACCCUUACGUUUUUUGUUUUUGUUUCUUUUAAAAAAGGUUUUAAAAAGGGGGGGAGAGGCUUCCAUUUACCCAGGUGGUCUUGAAUGUCACCCACCCCCAGAAAUACUCACUCCUACAAAUUACUCCAAAUGUGCUUUUCACACAUGCCUACCUGUUCCACACCCUUGUGUAACAUGUACACAUAGUAUUUCAUGUAACUGCCCUGGAAGAAAGGAAGAUGUUCUGAGAGACCCUUGUCUCUCAAUCUAUGAGAGGCUUCAAACAGUAUACCCCAAACGAGUGAGGGUUUCCCUAGGAGUCUCAUACUGAGAGAAGAAAAUGGCUUAUUGAGGAAAGGUGACUUCAAAUGACUUGGGACAUAGACACUGACCCCAAGUUUGGUGAUAGUCACACAAAAACUCAAAUAUAUUUGGACAAACUGGCAUACCUCUCCAAACUUUUUUUUUUUUUUUUGCCAUGGAGUCACAUUCAGACCCCACAGAUUCAUUUAUUACAUAUACAUUACUAAUCUUUGUGUACUCUGUAAGUAUAAAAGUCAGUCUUGUAAACAAGAAUUCACACAUAGAGUUGGGCAUGGUGGCACAAGCUUAGAAUCCCAGCACUCUGAAAGCUGAGGGGGAGGACCCAUGACUCUGAGGCCUGCCUGUGUUAGCCGUGUCACACCCAUGUAUGAGUGUCCUGACGUCUGUCUGAACACACAUCUGCUCACUCCGUAUUUUCACGCACAUUUUCACAGCUAUGGCUCUUGUGUGCUCCUGUGCCUGUGCGCACACUCACAAGUAAAUGUGCACACUCUUCUGGAAUUCUCUGUCCACUUCUUGGCCCCUCCACAUGAUGACUUCAGCAGAUGCCUAAGUCUUGGUCAUCAGCAGCCUUGGGACGGGAGGGAGUUCCGGGUGGAGGCUUGUUGUCCCUUCCAGGAAGGAGCAAGACUAGGGGAGGUGGAGCCAUCUUUCUUGAGUUCCUUCCAGAGGUGGUAGUGGGCUUCUGCUCAAAUCCCACUAACUAACGCGGCAAGGUUUGUAAAGCGUGACUCGGACAGGGCCUAUGUAGGCUCCCUUAGUCCUAACUGAAUGGAUGGUAGAAGCUAGGAGUUGUCAUGGAAACAAGCAUACCCAGCAUCAGCCUCUGGGAGGUAGGAGACCCCAGAGGGCACCUGUGGCUUCCUAAGACCUGUAAGGGUUCCGGUUUGGCCAGCUCCACCCCUGCCGCCUCUGUGUCUGGAGAAACUGAGGCCUAGCAGUGGGAGGGCUGGACACAGCCUGGCUUUGGCUCUUUGUUCCCUAAUUACCAUCUGAGUUGCUGAUUGCAUCCCUGACGUGUCCUCUGCCCAAACAGCCCAGUAAUGAGGCCACCUGUCCCAGGAGAGACAGUAGGGACCUGUACUGGGAGCUCGUAGUUAGGGAUCUCUGCCCAAGCCGAAUCUUGGCCUUUAUAGGGAUGCAGGUUUGGGCUUAAGACUGGGCCUUCCCUGCCAGGGAGCCUGCAUAACCUCCUAGGUCUCCAUUCCUUCGUCAUCUGUGGUCUAGUUAGUCCUUAGCCUUGUCCAGACUAGAGUUGGGUAGUAGCCUAAGGGUCAGGGGAAACUGAGGUUCAUGCCUGUACCUGGAGAGGAAGCCUUGAUACUAUGUUGGGAGUGUUCUGUCUGAAGGAGGGGGUCACAAAAAGGCCUGUAGGGGAGAGUUCUCAGGUGCAGGGACUCUGACACCAAUGCCCUGCUCACAGGUUGCCCUGGAGGCCCCUGGCCAGGCCUGAGCCUCUGCCACCAUGGCCAUUGUGCACACUCUGCCAGUGCCACUGGAGCCCGCACGUGACACAGCCACUGCCCCACAAGCUCCAGCAAUGGGCAGCGUGAGCAGUCUUAUCUCAGGCCGGCCCUGUCCCGGGGGAUCAGCUCCCCCACGACACCAUGGUGUCCCUGGGCCCACCUUCUUCCGCCAGCAGGAUGGGCUGCUACGGGGUGGCUACGAGGCACAGGAGCCACUCUGCCCAGCUGUGCCACCCAGGAAGGCUGUCCCAGGCACCAGCUUCACCUAUGUCAAUGAGGACUUCAGGACGGAGUCACCUCCCAGCCCCAGCAGUGAUGCUGAAGACCCCCGAGAGCAGCGGGCACAUAAUGCCCACCUCCGUGGACCUCCACCAAAGCUCAUCCCUGUCUCUGGGAAGCUGGAGAAGAACAUGGAGAAAAUCCUGAUCCGGCCAACAGCCUUCAAGCCAGUGCUACCCAAACCUCGGGGAGCACCGUCCCUUCCUGGCUUCCUGGGUCCUCGAGCUGCUGGCCUAUCCGGGAGUCAGGGCAGCCUGACACAGCUGUUUGGGGGACCAGCCUCCUCCUCCUCCUCUUCCUCUUCUUCUUCUGCUGCUGACAAACCCUUGGCACUGAGUGGCUGGGCCAGUGGCUGCCCAUCGGGAACAUUGUCAGACUCUGGCCGAAACUCUUUAUCCAGCUUGCCCACCUACAGCACCGGAGGUGCUGAGCCAACCGCCAACUCCCCAGGUGGGCACCUGCCCUCCCAUGGCCCCGGCCGAGGGGCGCUGCCUGGUCCAGCCCGAGGGGUCCCUACUGGGCCCUCCCACUCCGACAGUGGCCGGUCCUCCUCCAGCAAAAGCACCGGCUCCUUGGGGGGCCGUGUAGGUGGGGGGCUCUUGGGCAGUGGUGCCCGGGCUUCCCCUGGCAGCAGUUCGGGUGGAGACCGCUCCCCGCCCCCUCCACCCCCUCCGCCCCCUUCGGAUGAGGCCUUGCUACAGUGUGUCCUGGAAGGGAAGCUUCGUGACCGAGAAGCAGAGCUACAGCAGCUGCGGGACAGUAUGGAUGAGAGCGAGACCACGGCAUUCGGGGCCCGGCAGAGGCACUGGCCACGAGAGCGGGAGGACUGUGCAGCCCAGGCGCAGCAGGCCACGCAGCGUGUCCAGCGGGCCCAACAGCUGUUGCAACUGCAGGUGUUCCAACUGCAGCAAGAGAAGCGCCAGUUGCAGGAUGACUUCGCGCAGCUGCUGCAGGAGCGAGAGCAGCUGGAGCGCCGCUGUGCUGCCUUUGAGCGGGAGCAGCGGGAGCUUGGCCCGCGGCUGGAGGAGACCAAAUGGGAGGUGUGCCAGAAAUCCGGUGAGAUCUCCCUGCUGAAGCAGCAGCUGAAGGAAUCUCAGGCAGAGUUGGUGCAGAAGGGCAGUGAGCUGGUGGCGCUGCGUGUGGCCCUGCGAGAAGCCCGGGCUGCCCUGCGGGUCAGCGAGGGCCGCGCCAGGGGCUUGCAGGAGGCAGCCCGAGCCCGGGAGGUUGAGCUGGAGGCCUGCUCGCAGGAGCUGCAGCGGUACCGCCAGGAGGCGGAACGGCUCCGGGAGAAGGCUGGGCACCUGGAUGCUGAGGCGGCAGGACUCCGAGAGCCCCCGGUGCCCCCCGCCGCCACCGAUCCUUUCCUCCUGGCAGAGAGUGACGAGGUCAAGGUGCAGCGGGCAGCGGCUGGCGCCGGGGGCAGCCUGCGGGCUCAGGUGGAGCGGCUGCGCCAAGAGCUGCAGCGGGAGCAGCGGCGAGGAGAUGAACAGCGGGGCAGCUUUGAGGGGGAGCGGCUGGCCUGGCAGGCAGAGAAGGAGCAGGUGAUCCGCUACCAGAAGCAGCUGCAGCACAACUACAUCCAGAUGUACCGGCGUAACCGGCAGCUGGAGCAGGAGCUGCAGCAGCUCAGCCUGGAGCUGGAGGCCCGGGAGCUUGCUGACUUGGGCCUCGCUGAACCAGCCCCCUGCAUCUGUCUGGAGGAGAUCACCGCCACUGAGAUCUAGGGCUUUGCAAGGGGGCCACUAGCCACAUGACCACCUGGGUCCCAGGAUCCACUGAGCACCCCGGGUCUCAGGGCCAAGGGGCCUCUCUGCCAAGCGUUCAGGUGGCCUUGUGACUUGGAGGACCAAGAUCAGACCCCUUGAAGUUCCACUUCACCGUCACCCAGAGGCUCCUACCUAGUCCGCCACUUACUCCCCAGCUGUGGGUGCCGCUGCCAGCCUUGUUUUGCCCCCAGAUGUUUUCCAGCCCCCUCCAGCCGGGAGGGGAAAAGGGGCUCCCCCAUCUCCACAUUCUACCUGCCUGAAGCCAGAGAGAGCCAGAUGGCACCAGCUGCCCCAGAUGUGCCUGCCGCCAACAGGCCCAGGUGGAGGGACAGAGCUAGGACUGGGGUCUGACCCCCAUGUCCCCGCUCUGCAAGCCUCUUCUGGGCUGAGGGGGCUAAGUCAGACCAAAGGAAGAACUCAGCAAUGUCUUGUUUAUUUGUGUUUGUGACCAAGCAGCCCCUCCUAAUACCGGGUUUAUGGCCUGGUUUUCACUUGUAUAUUUUUCACACUGUAAAUUUCUUGUACAAACCCAAAGAAAAAUUAAAAAAACUUUUGUUUUUAAAAAA